AUAUAUAAUUUUAUCCCUAACAAAACUUGCAAGUACAAUUAGAAACAUUAAACCAAAGUUCUCGAUAAUUAAUUUGUCCACAACAAACUAUACAUAUAUAUAAUUUCUUUCUUUCUGUCAGAUUAAUUUCCAUCUGUCGCAUUCAUCAACCCAAAAAACAUGGAUCAUUCGUGCAGAUUGAUCCAACAAUUGUGCUUGGACUUGCUAGGCAGCAGCCUUCCUAGUUCCUUACAAGGUUAAGAAUUUUAGGCCCAUUUUCCUGGAAUUCAAAAUAUUUCCGCAAACUUUCUCGACUGCCAAACAAGUUUUUCCUUCCCAGAAUAGUCAAAACAGUUCUGCUCACCAACGAGACCAACUUCUUCAUCACCCAAAGAUUUAAGUAUCAACUGGAAAAUUUGUCUUGCAAUCAAGCUUGGUUGUUCCAACUAACAAUCUCAAGCUCUCAAGUUCUGCAUUCCCAGCCCUUCUUCUUCUUCUUAUUCGCUUGCAGCCAUGAAAAUCCCUGCAAACAAUUGAGCUUGAAAUCACCCAACAAUGGCGGUUUGCUUUCCAAAAGGAAGCAUAGCAGACGACUCCGCCACCCUUUUCUCAACAUCCAACUCACCAGAGGAAACCACCAGCGUUUCUUCCUCUUCUUUUCACCACUCUCCACCACCACCCGAUGCUUCCAUUUCCACCAAGAAACUUUCCAUCAGGAGUCUCUCAUUUUCUGUUCUUCCAAACAGGUCCAUACCCACGUCAUUUUCUGAGUUGAUCCGAGGACCGAAGCCCAUUAAUGUUCUCAAGUCUGUCUCAUUUGUGGCAAGAAGUUCUCAAAUUCUCGCCAUUGUUGGCCCAAGUGGAACAGGCAAAUCUUCUCUGCUCAGGAUCAUAUCAGGGAGAGUGAAACAGAGGGAUUUUGACCCCAAAGCAAUCUCCAUUAAUGAUCAAUGGAUGAACAGUCCUGAGCAGUUGAGGAAGUUGUGUGGGUUUGUGACACAAGAAGACAAUUUGCUUCCUCUUCUGACUGUGAGAGAAACCUUGAUGUUCAUGGCCAAGUUGAGGCUCAGAGAAUUGGGUUCAGAAGAGAGAGAAGAAAAAGUGGAGAGGUUACUGCAGGAGCUUGGUCUGUUUCAUGUGGCAGACAGUUUUGUAGGAGAUGAAGAGAAGAGAGGAAUAUCUGGAGGGGAGAGGAAAAGAGUUUCAAUUGGAGUUGAAAUGAUUCAUGACCCACCAAUUCUUCUGCUUGAUGAGCCAACUUCAGGCUUAGAUAGCACUUCUGCUCUUCAAGUUAUUGAACUUCUCUCUUCAAUGGCAAGAAGGAAUCGAAGAACUGUGAUUCUCUCAAUCCAUCAACCAGGCUACAGAAUCCUUCAAUACAUUUCCAACUUCUUGGUUCUCUCCCAUGGUUUAGUUGUUCAUUUUGGAAGCCUCAAAUCACUAGAAAAGAGGAUUGGUGAAAUGGGAAUUCAAAUCCCAAUUCAACUAAAUGCCCUAGAAUUUGCCAUGGAAAUCAUAGAUAAACUAGAAGAAGAUUCAAACCCCCCAACAACUACCCAAAUUGAAGAAGAAGAAAACCAGCUCUUCUCCUCCCCACUUUGGCCUGAUGAAGUCAUUGACAAAAUCCCAAAACACAACAACAGCAGACAGAUAUCGAUAUUUUAUUCUUCACAUUUGCUAGAGAUUAUGUUUCUGUGCUCAAGAUUCUGGAAGUUAAUAUACAGAACAAAUCAACUACUUCUAGGUAGAACAUUGCAAGCCAUUGUAGGAGGAAUUGGGCUUGGAAGUGUUUACCUGAGAGUAAAAAGAGACGAAGGAGGAGUUGCAGAGAGAUUGGGCCUCUUUGCUUUCAGCCUCAGUCUCCUUCUAUCUUCUACAGUGGAAGCCCUCCCAAUUUUCCUUCAGGAAAGAAGGGUUCUGAUGAAAGAAGCCUCGAGAGGAGUCUACAAAAUCUCCUCUUACAUGAUAGCCAACACCAUCGUCUUCCUCCCGUUUUUGCUCGCCGUCGCCGUCCUCUUCGCCGCCCCAGUGUAUUGGCUCGUAGGGCUAAACCCCUCAAUCGGCGCCUUCGCCUUCUUCACCUUCGUGGUUUGGCUCAUCGUGAUGAUGGCGAGCUCGCUGGUGCUGUUCCUCAGCGCGAUCUCGCCGGAUUUCAUCACCGGAAAUUCCUUAAUCUCCACCGUCCUCGGCGGAUUCUUCCUCUUCUCCGGCUACUUCAUUCCGAAACAAAACAUUCCCCGAUAUUGGAUUUUCAUGUACUACAUAUCGCUGUAUCGGUACCCUUUGGAGGCGAUGGUGGUGAACGAGUAUUGGGGCGCGAAAUCUGAGUGUUUCUCGUGGGCCGAUGAAGGGCGGCGGCGACUCUGCGUGCUGACCGGCGACGAUGUGCUGAAGAACAGAGGGCUGGAGGAGGAUAUCCGGAGGAUGAAUGUGGGGAUUAUGAUUGGCUUCUUCGUGUUCUAUCGAUUUCUCUGUUGGAUUAUUCUUGCUCGUAGGGCUUCCUCUACAACUAUAUGAUUUUUGUCAUGAACAUGUUUUUUUUUAUUAUUAUUAAACUUUUA